GAGUUGCUAUAGGGACGGGGGAGAGAUGACAGUGCACAGCCUGUACCUCUUUGAUCGCAAUGGUGUCUGCCUACACUACAGUGAGUGGAAUCGGAAAAAGCAAGCUGGCAUUUCCAAAGAGGAGGAGUUUAAGCUGAUGUACGGCAUGCUCUUCUCCAUCCGUUCUUUUAUAAACAAGAUGAGCCCCCUGGAUAUGAAAGAAGGCUUCCUCGCCUUCCAGACGAGCAAAUACAAGCUCCACUAUUACGAGACUCCCACCGGCCUCAAGGUGGUGAUGAACACAGACUUAGGGGUGGGCAACAUCCGGGACGUGCUGCACCAGAUCUACAGCUAUAUCUAUGUGGAGUACGUGGUCAAGAAUCCACUGUGCAACUUGAACGAGCCAAUCCAGAGCGAACUCUUCCGCAGCAAGCUGGACACCUUCAUCCGCAGCCUGCCGUUCUUCUCCGCUCGGGCCGGCUAAUAGUUUUG